GUUUUGUUAGAUAUGUUUGUCAUAUUAUUAAACCAGUCUCUGGUCUUAUGCCAGUUUAUUUGGUUACGUGAAAUUAGGUGAACUUUGUUGAAAGGAACCUUUGUCAUAAUUUGCACCUUACUGAUUCUUGAGUAAACUAUGGCACUGUUAAAGUAAUGAACGGAUAUACACUGUUGGCAGCAUAAAUGCUCAGAUCCCAUGAUAUAAAUGCUAUUUGAAUCAUAAACCUUUAACUGCCUGAUGAAACCAAGUGUGUUAAAAUUUAAGAUUGUCUAUGAGAAUGGAUCAUAUUAUAUUUACCUUCAAUGAAAGAAAUUCAAUGACACCGUUUGAAGGUGGAGAAGUUGUGUUGACAUCCCAUCGCUUACUUUGGGGUCGACCAGGUGACAUUCCAAGAGGACUCACAUGCCUUUCUUUACCUCUUCGUUAUGUUGUGUUUGUAGAAGAAGAAAUAGGAAGCAGUUCAUUUGGUUUUAGUCGAAGCAAGAAAAUUGUACUUCAUCUUUCAGAAGCAUUACUAGGCAAAAUUCCUGGGCCUGUAAACAGGAGUAGUCACAAUUAUUUGAAGCUUUCUUUUAAGGAGGGACUACAGAAUAAUUUUCUACAGAUAAUUAAUGAAACAAUUCAGAACAAGAAAUGGGAGAGCUUCUCAACUUCAGCACGUCCAUCACAGCCACCAAGUAUGAAAUUACGAACUGGUAUAGUUGGCAUUGAACGAGGGAUUCAGGAGAAGCAGAAGGCAACAGACGAAAGUAUAUCAAGAGCUUUCCAAGAUCUUAGUAAACUUAUGGAUAUGGCCAAAGAUAUGGUCCACCUUUCCAAGAAUAUUUCACAGAAGAUUAGAGAAAGGCAAGGUGAUAUAACAGAGGACGAGACAGUGAGAUUCAAGUCCUAUUUAUUGAGUCUUGGAAUUGAUGAUCCAGUAACAAGGAACGACUUUCGCAGUGAGAGCCAGUAUUACAAAGAACUUGCAAGACAGCUGGCUGAUAUGUUACAACAGCCAAUUAUGGAAGUUGGAGGCAUGAUGGCACUGACUGAUGUUUAUUGCCGAGUGAAUCGUGCUCGGGGUUUGGAACUGUUGUCUCCUGAAGAUCUUAUUAAGGCUUGUCACAUGCUGGAACAGUUGAACCUUCCCAUUAGACUGCGACGGUUUGAUAGUGGCGUCAAUGUCUUGCAGCUUCAGAGUCACAGUGAUGCAAAUGUUGUCAAGAACACAGCUCUUGCAUUGGAAGAACAAGGCUCCCUCACUGCAGAAGAACUGGCUCAGACACUUGGGAUGUCUGUUUUAUUAGCAAGGGAGCGUUUGAUGACAACAGAGAAACAUGGACAAGCUUGCAGAGAUGAAAGUAUUGAAGGCCUUAGAUUCUAUCCAAAUAAAUUUCUUCAGAGAGAAGACUAACAGUCUGCUUGUGGUGGCACAUUCAUAAUCAUUGUGUACUUAUAGGGUUUUUCCAAAAUAAUGCUCUGUAUGUGGGAGGUUAUGCUGUCUGUACUGAAUUUUGAUAUAGAUUUAAGUACAAGGGAGCUCCUAAUGUGUCCAAAAUCAACAGAUUAGUAACAAAUUUGAAAUAAAUGGGAUCAUGAAUGACAAUAGAAAAGUAUUGUUAAAAUAAGAUGGAACAUAGAAAAAUAUUUACAGUAGUAUUGACACAAAUUCACAGAAAAUCUGUGAGGUGUAACAUUUUGGCUUAUGAGAACAAUCAGCAUACAGGAUUGCUCGAAGAAAUGUGAAAUUGUCUCCAUACAAAAUUCAGAAUAUAGCAGUCUGUUAGUAAGGGCAGUAAUACAAAAGUUUGAUUUUUAUGGUCAUUUUAACACUUUCUGGAGCAAAAACCUGCAGUCCUACAAAGCUUAUGAUUUAGAGAUGAGGUGUUUUCAUCUGAAUGGCUAUGUUAAUAAGUAGAAUAUGUGUGCCACAGAAAAUCCAUAUACAGUAAUGGAUACACCAUUUACUUCAAGAUACUGUGAAUGCUGACAGUUACCUCCAUAUCUUCAAAUAACAGUUUCUCCUUCUGCAAGGAUACUGUUCUUCAGCAGGACAAGGGUCAGUGCAAAUAGAAAAUGCAGUGCUGGUUUUUCUCAGUAAGCAGAACUUAAUUGAUUUCUUGCAUAUUUCAGUUAUGGCUGUUCCUGGUCAACAUACCCUG